AUGGACGGCAAACGUCACCCCAGCUCGUUCCAGCAGCUGGAAAAGCUGGGCGAGGGAACUUAUGCGACGGUCUUCAAGGGGAGAAACCGGCAGACAGGCGAGCUCGUCGCUCUCAAAGAGAUCCACCUCGACUCGGAAGAAGGAACCCCGUCGACAGCGAUCCGCGAGAUCUCCCUCAUGAAGGAACUCAAGCACGAAAACAUUGUCGCCCUUCACGAUGUCAUUCACACCGAGAACAAGCUCAUGCUCGUAUUUGAGCAUAUGGACGGCGACCUGAAGCGCUACAUGGACACGCACGGAGAGCGUGGUGCCCUCAAGCCCGCCACCAUCAAGUCCUUCAUGUACCAGCUCCUUAAGGGCAUCGACUUUUGCCAUCAGAACCGGGUCCUGCACCGAGACCUGAAGCCGCAAAAUCUUCUCUACAACAGCAAGGGGCUUCUGAAGCUUGGAGAUUUUGGUCUGGCCCGUGCCUUUGGCAUCCCCGUCAACACCUUUUCGAACGAGGUCGUCACCCUCUGGUACCGUGCGCCGGACGUGCUCCUCGGCAGCCGCACCUACAACACCAGCAUCGACAUUUGGUCCGCCGGCUGCAUCAUGGCCGAAAUGUACACAGGCCGUCCGCUGUUCCCGGGCACGACAAACGAAGACCAAAUCGUUCGCAUCUUCCGCAUCAUGGGCACCCCGACCGAGCGAACCUGGCCCGGCAUCACCCAGCUGCCCGAGUACAAGCCGACCUUCCAGAUGUACGCGACGCAAGAUCUGCGCAACAUCUUGCCCGCCAUCGACCCUGCUGGCAUCAAUCUGCUCCAGAGCAUGCUCCAGCUGCGGCCGGAGCUGCGCAUCAGCGCCCAUGACGCCCUGCAGCACCCUUGGUUCAACGACCUGGUUAUGCACCAGCAGCAGCAGGCGGCGCAAGCGGCUGCACAGGCCGGGGUCAGAGGGGGCUACCAGCAGCAAGUUCCGCUGCAAGGCUACGAAGGUUACUAG